AUGUAAUUUUUCAGGAAUGAAUGCGGCUGUAAGAUCUGUUGUUAGAGUAUCAAUUCAAUUAGGUGUGAACGUUUAUUUCGUCAAAGAGGGAUAUUAUGGACUUAUUGAAGGCAAUGAAUAUAUAACAAAAGCUAAUUGGUAUGACGUAUCUUUUACUCUAAAUUUGGGUGGUACUAUUAUUGGAACAAAAAGGUGUAUGGAGUUUAUGACUAAAGAAGGUAGGAUGAAAGCGACCAAAAAUAUGAUAUCACUUGGCAUUGCUAACUUGGUGGUAAUAGGCGGAGACGGUUCCUUGUCUGGUGCUAAUAUCUUUCGUGAAGAAUGGCCAAGCUAUGUUGACGAACUUUUAAAAAAAGGGGAGAUAGAUGAAGAAAUGUCAAGAAGAUUUGACCAUUUAAAUUUGGUUGGCAUUGUUGGAUCAAUUGAUAACGAUUUCAGUGGUACUGACAUGACUAUUGGCGCUGACACAGCACUUCACCGAAUACUUGAAGCAAUAGAUUCUAUUGUAAGCACGGCAUUUUCUCAUCAAAGAACAUUUAUAAUGGAAGUUAUGGGUCGCAAUUGUGGUUAUUUAGCUGUAAAAAGUGCGUUGAUGUGUGAAGCUGAUUACUUAUUCAUUAGGGAAUGGCCGCAAAAAUUGGAAUGGCCAGAUAAAUUAUGUAAAAAUGUACAAAGGGCAAGAAAAUAUGGUAAAAGGUUAAAUAUUAUAAUUAUCUCGGAAGGAGCAGUUGACAUAAAUGGUACUUCAAUUACAUCAGAAAUGGUAAAAAAUGUUUUAGUAGAAAGAUUACAUCAAGACGCUAGGGUAACCGUUUUAGGGCAUGUUCAAAGAGGGGGAAGUCCUUCAGCGUUUGAUAGAAUUUUGGCUUCACGCAUGGGUGCACACGCUGUUUUGUGUUUAUUAGAAGCCACAAAAGAAUCUGAACCAAAAGUUGUAUGUCUUAAUGCUAAUACAAUUGAACAUCAAUCAUUAAUGGAAUGUGUUAGAAAUACAUUAGAAAUAUCAAAAGCCAUUGAGCAGAAAGAUUUUGAUAAAGCAUUGACACUUCGAGGCCCAAGUUUUAAUCAAAAUUUAGCGACAUACAAGCAAAUGAUAAGCAAAGAAAUCAUUAAUCUAGACGGGAAAAUAACUUUAAUAUUGAAUAUUGGAGGCUCUAGUAAUGGAAUAAAUGCAUUGAUGUAUUCUAUAGUUCGAGCAUCAAUAGCAUCAAAACAUCGGGUACUCGGAGCGAAAUUCAGUAUUGAUGGACUUAUAAAAGGCGAAGUUAUUGAACUCCAGUGGUCUAGUGUUAUUGGUUGGCUAAAUCAAGGUGGUGUUAAGUUAGGAAUAACAAGAACAAUUCCUGAUGACGAAAUGAUGAAAAAGGUUGCGAUGCAAAUGAAAAACUUAAAUAUUAGCUCGUGUAUAAUUGCUGGAGGAACAGAAGCUUUAAAGACCGGUAUCCUGAUGUAUGAUUACCGGAAAAAAUAUAAAGAGUUUUGCAUACCUUUAGUAGUGGUGCCAGUUACGUAUAGCAACAACAUUCCAGGAACUGAUUUCUCAUUGGGAGCAGAUACAGCUUUAAAUCAAAUUGUUAAGUUGUGUGACAUUAUUAGACAAUCGGCUGAAGGUCAUACACCACGAGUUUUUGUGGUUGAAAUAUUAGGUGGAUUAUGUGGUUAUUUAACGUCUAUGACGGCAUUGGCAUGCGGUGCAGACGCUUCGUAUAUUUCUGAGGAAAAGCACAGCAUCAUCGAUUUAAUGGAUUGUAUUUAUAGAAUGGUUGAGAAAUUUGACACCAAAAAAAUUACCAGAGGACUUGUGUUAAGAUCUGAAAGAGCCAAUGAAAAUUAUACCACAAGUUUUAUAAAUAAAUUACUGACUGAAGAAGGAAAAAAAUCGUUUGUCACUAGAAAGUCUAUUUUAGGAAGCAUUGCCACUGGUGGUGUACCUAGUCCAUUUGAUAGGUCAUUUGCUCUAAAAGAAGGGCAACUGGCAGUUGAAUGGAUAAAUAAGAUGCAAGCUCAACAUCCGGAACAGGUGACAAUGCCAAAUUCAGCUGUAUUAUUGGGUUUAACAAGGAGUGAUUUCCAUUUUACACCAUUAGAUGAUCUCAAAUUUAUUAACAAUGAAAAAACAUUUAACAAUAAAUCCUGGUGGCUAAAUUUCAGACCACUAAUUAAAGUGUUGGAAGAGCCAAAUUACUGGAAACAAUUUAUAUAA